UUACACUGACAGCUGUCAUGUGGUGACGUCAUCAAGGGCUGGAAAAGGCGCAAAACUUGUGUUUACUAAAUAUCCAAAAACAUUUAUUUCACAAUAAUUUUGUUUUCUCCCUGAAAUGGCUCAAAAAUCUAUAACGGACUUCUUCAAAAAAGCAACAAAUGAAAAGGAGAAUGAUUCUAAAAUUGACCAAAGUGAAAAGUCUCCAGAUGUAAAAUUAGGAAGUAAGACCAAGAAGCGUCCCAGGGUUCUAUCUUCUAGCAGUGAGGAUGAACCUACUUCUCAGCAAAACAAGAAGCAAAGCCCUAAGAAGAAAAAAGAUAGUCCUCAAGAGAAGAAAGAUAGUCCUGUGAAGAAAAAGGAUGAUCCAAAGAAGACUAAGGAGAGUCCCCAGAAGAAAGUUACUCCUGUAAAAACCUCUCCAAAGGCCGUGAAAGAGACUUCUAGCCCCAAAAAUGACAACAAAGAAGGAAAGACCGAGAGUACCGCAGAAAAGAAAGUGUUUUCAAUGUUCCAGAAACAACAAAAGGAUGCUAAUGGCAAUGAAUCUGAAAAGGCUUCAAUUGGAAAUGACUACGAUCCGGGAAAGAAGAAGUAUCACCCAAUCAACGAUGCAAUUUGGAAGAAAAAUGAAAAAGUGCCUUAUUUGGCUCUAGCUAGAACCUUUCAGCUAAUUGAAGAGACGUCUGGACGUCUAAAAAUGAUUGAUAUUCUGAGCAAUUUCUAUCGUUCAGUAAUUGUUUUGAGUCCGGAUGAUCUUCUACCGAGCAUUUUUCUCUGCUUGAAUCAGCUUGCACCGGCACACGAAGGCCUGGAGUUGGGAAUUGCCGAAACGACUCUUAUGAAAGCAAUUGCCCAAAGUACCGGGAGGAGUAUGGCGCAGCUUAAGAGCGAUAUUCAGAGUAUUGGAGAUAUUGGUGUUGUUGCUGAAAAAUCCCGAAGCAAUCAGCGGAUGAUGUUUACACCAGCCCCACUAAAUAUUGUUGGUGUCUUCCAUAAGCUCAAGGAAAUUGCAAAUAUGUCCGGAAAUCAGGCCAUGGCAAAGAAAGUGGACAAGAUUCAAUCUAUGUUUGUUGCUUGUAGACACUCUGAAGCGAGAUUCCUGAUUCGUUCCCUUGCGGGAAAACUCAGAAUUGGCCUGGCUGAGCAAUCAGUCCUACAGGCUCUUGCGCAGGCAUGUGCAGAUACACCACCAAAUCAAGAGUAUCCCCCAAAGAUCCUGAGUAAUCAGCAGAAAAUGAGUGAAGCAUCGUUCAAAAGCAAAGUUGACGAAAAUGCGCUCAUCGUUAAGACAGCCUACUGCGAAUGUCCAGAUUAUGGGCAAAUAGUACCCGUUUUGCUCAGGGAUGGGGUUUCAGCUCUUCCCGAAAAGUGUAAAAUGCUUCCUGGAACUCCAGUUAAGCCAAUGCUGGCACAACCAACAAAAGAUAUUCAUGAUGUAUUCCAGCGAUUUGAUAAUAUUGAAUUCACUUGCGAAUGGAAGUAUGACGGUGAGAGAGCUCAAAUUCACAUCUCUGAGAAUGGAACUGUGAGUAUCUUCAGUCGCAAUCAGGAAAAUAAUACCACAAAAUAUCCAGAUAUUAUUGCGAGAAUUGACUCCGUGAAAGGAGAUAACGUAAAAUCUUGCAUUCUGGAUUGUGAAGCUGUUGCAUGGGAUGUGGAAAAGAAGCAAAUUAUGCCAUUCCAGGUAUUGAGUACGAGAAAGCGAAAGGAUGCUACGGAGGAUGAAAUAAAAAUUCAGGUGUGUGUCUUCAUGUUCGAUUUGCUGUUUUUCAAUGGAAAACCUCUUGUGAAGGAACCCUUCUUCGAGAGACGCCGUCUCUUGAGAGAAAACUUCCAACAAAUUGAUGGCACAUGGAAAUUCGCCACGAGCUUGGACACGAACGACAUAAAUGAUCUACAAAAUUUUCUGGAAGAGUCCGUAAAGGGAAAUUGUGAAGGAUUAAUGGUGAAGUCACUCAAGCAGGAUGCUACGUAUGAGAUUGCCAAACGUUCGCGGAAUUGGUUGAAACUCAAAAAGGACUACCUCUCCGGUGUGGGUGAUUCUCUGGAUCUCGUUGUUAUUGGUGGAUACAGGGGCAAAGGUAAAAGGACAGGGACUUAUGGUGGCUUCCUCUUGGCGUGCUACGAUCCAGAGAAUGAAGAGUACCAGAGUAUUUGCAAGAUUGGCACUGGCUUCAGCGACGAAGCUCUCCAACAGCAUGCAGAUUACUUCAAGGAUCAUAUUAUCCCUACUCCCCGUUCCUACUAUCGCUUUGAUUCUUCCCAUGAGCCCGAUGAAUGGUUCGAUACGGUUCAGGUGUGGGAAGUGAAGUGUGCUGAUCUCUCCCUGAGUCCAGUACAUAAAGCAGCUCUCGGAUUGGUGGAUCCAAGCAAGGGAAUUUCAUUGAGAUUUCCCAGAUACAUACGCAUUCGAGACGAUAAAAAGGUCGAGGAUGCAACGAGUGCGCAACAGGUUGUUGAUAUGUACUCAAAUCAGGAUCAAAUUAAGAACCAAAAGGCUUCUCGUGUUGGUGGAGAGGAUGAAUUUUAUUGAAUAAUAAAUAUUAUUUUAUAAACUCA